UGGUAAAGCGGCUGCCGGAGCACGUGCAGGUGGAUGACCCUGCAGCCCAGAGAAAACUGGCCAAGAAGCUGGAGCGGCAGCAGAUACCUCUGAGGCAGGAUUAUGGCACCAAGGUCAACCUGUUCUCCCACUUGCACCAGUACAGCCGGAACAAGCCACUGACACAGCAGAUGAGCAUCCCCUCCAUGGUAAUUCACCCGGCUGUGGUGCGCCUUGGCCUCCAGUACUCCCAGGGCAUCAUCAAUGGCUCCAACGCCCGUUGCAUCGCCCUGCUGGAAGUCUUCAAACAGCUGAUCCGGGAUUACUCAACACCCCCCAAUGAGGAGCUGUCACGGGACCUGGUGGCCAAGCUGAAGCCACACAUCAGCUUCCUGAACCAGUGCCGGCCCCUCUCAGCCAGCAUGGGCAAUGCUAUUAAGUUCCUGAAGAAGGAGAUUUCGUGCCUGCCUGACACCCUGAGAGAGGAGGAGGCAAAGGACAAGCUGCAGGGCACUAUCGACAAAUAUCUGCGUGAGAAGAUUCUUUUGGCAGCUGAAGCCAUUUCAAGGUCUGCCUUUGAGAAGAUAAAUGACAACGAUGUGAUCCUGGUGUAUGGAUGCUCUUCCCUUGUGAACCGCACGCUGUGUUACGCCCAUGUGGAGAAGGGACGGGCCUUCCGUGUGAUCGUGGUGGACAGCCGGCCGCGGCUAGAAGGCCGGGAGACGCUGCGCCGACUGGUGCGCAAGGGCAUUCACUGCACCUAUGUGAUGAUCAAUGCCAUUUCUUACGUGCUGCCUGAGGUGUCCAAAGUGCUGCUGGGAGCCCAUGCGCUCCUGGCCAACGGCUCUGUCAUGUCCCGGGUGGGGACAUCACAGAUAGCGCUGGUCUCCAAGGCCUUCAAUGUGCCCGUCCUGGUGUGUUGUGAGACGUACAAGUUCUGCGAGCGGGUGCAGACAGACUCUUUUGUCUCCAACGAGCUGGAUGACCCCGAUGACCUGAUCAUGCUCCGGAAGGGCCAGGCCCAGCUGGGUGGCUGGGCAGAGAACAAGUCCUUGCGCCUCCUCAACCUGGUCUAUGAUGUGACACCACCUGAUCUAGUGGAUCUGGUCAUCACGGACUUGGGCAUGAUCCCCUGCACCUCAGUGCCUGUUGUCCUGCGUGUCAAGAACGUGGAUCAGUAGUAGGGGCAGCCGCACGGACACUAAUAAACC